AUGCGUCUAAUUCUGCUUUCGGAUCUUUUGUUAUACACAACUACCAUGGGCAUCACCACCAAAUGGCACACGGCUAAACAGCACUUCUUCCGACCAAGCUUCGUUUUUUGUUUUUUUGGGGAAUCACUUCUAGACUCUAGCAUGUUUUCCCUUCCCAAGCACAUCAUGAAAAAUCUUUUACCUUGUUUCUCAUUACAUGUGCCCCCCUGGACAAAAUAG